CUUUCUUUGGUCCGUGUUGACGUCAUUCGUAGAAUAUGAUUGGUCGACGCUGAAUCCGAAGUUUUCCUAUUGGUCGACAGGCCGGUAUAAGCGAUGCUUUCACGGUAACCGGCUUCAGUUGUGUUGUUACUCACUCACUGUACACUUGGAGAAUAGUAUGUAUAAAGUACUUAACAACAAGGAAAUCAAACACGAGUGCUCGCAGUCGAGAGGACUGCACGCUUAUCCUGAUCACUUCAGGGAACCUAAAGAGUUCUAUCUCUAAAAAACCCACUCCCCCAUUCAUGAACAUCUGAAGUUUCUUGUCCUCUGGUAGGACCACCUUGUAUAUAGUGUACAUAAGAUCGCUUGUCUAAUCAAACCAGAGCUCAAAACUGGACGAAUCGAAUUGCUACGAAGGAAAAUAAUUAAAAAGACGUCACGCGGGUUUGCAAAAAAAGAAGAAAGUAAAGUGUAAACAAUCGCACAAUAAUCUUUGUCACCGGCAACAAAGCACGCAGCAUCAAGAAUUAAUUCGAUCAAUAUACCAUUUUUUCCUCCCACACAUUUUCCUAUACACUCUUCGAUAAAGUUCGAAAGUUAAAAGAUUAAAGAGAAUAAAAAAAAGGAUAACAUCAUGAAGCAAGGAUCAUCGGAAGAUUUGCACAUCGGUUUGAAGCUAUUGACAGCUGGCACUGCGGCUUGUAUUGCUGAUUUAGCUACGUUUCCUUUGGAUACGGCCAAAGUCAGAAUGCAGAUCGCUGGCGAAGGACGAACUAUAUUGCUGGCAUCGACGGAAGGUCCGAUGCUAGCAAUGAGAGCGAGUCAGCCAGGACUUUUGGAGACAAUGGGGAACAUCGUCAGGGUCGAAGGAGCAAGGAGCCUGUACGGAGGUCUGUCCGCGGGACUCCAGAGACAGAUGUGUUUCGCCAGCGUACGGUUGGGCCUCUACGACAGCGUGAAGUCACUCUACGCUGGAAUCAUCGACGGAAAUAACCGGAGCGGUUCGAUGAAUAUUGGUGUUCGUGUAAUGGCCGGUAUCACAACCGGUGCUUUGGCGGUGCUCUUUGCUCAACCCACUGACGUCGUUAAGGUUCGUCUUCAAGCUGGAAACAAUGGACGUUCAUCGGUGAGAUACAGUUCAACUCUUCAGGCUUAUAAAAAUAUUGCCAGUGUCGAAGGAACUCGAGGUCUUUGGAAAGGUACCAUGCCAAACAUCUCCCGGAAUGUUAUUGUAAACGUUGCUGAGAUCGUUUGCUAUGACAUCAUCAAGGACAUGAUCAUUGGCUCUGGUUAUCUUCGAGAUGGCAUUCCUUGUCAUUUAACAGCCGCCACAGCUGCUGGACUUUGCACCACUCUAGCUGCUAGCCCAGUCGACGUUGUUAAAACUCGCUACAUGAACAGCGCACCUGGCGAGUACAAGGGUGCAAUUGAAUGUGCAGUCAAAAUGUUCGUUCAGGAAGGGCCCGCUGCUUUUUACAAGGGCUUCGUGCCAAGCUUUACACGAUUGGUAUCCUGGAAUAUCAUGCUUUGGGUCACCUACGAACAAAUCAAGAAACAUGCGAAGAAAAUCUGCGGCCACGAAUAAAUCGUCUUCUCUUGAAAAAGAAAAGACGAUUUAAUAUAAUUCUUUAAAAACAUAAAAUUAUGAGAUUAGAGUCGAUUGCAAUUGAUCUGGAGAUUGAUAAUGUAGUUUGAAUUAUCGUUGUUUCUCGCACCACUUUCUGUGGUACAAUCCUAUUAGCAUGAGUGUCAUUGUUCUUUAGAAUCAGCGUUGCUUCUUGUUCUCCACGAUCAAUUGACUAUCGUACCUUUUCUCUUGCUAAACUCAUCAUCCUAAUCUCCUUCACUUUAUUCUUAAUCUACUUUCUUUAUUUAAAUAUGUAUGAUCGUACGUAAUGAAAUAUUUCAAAUGGUCAAAUUGAAAAUUAAUAUCAAUUCAAAACGUAAUCUACUUCCCUCCGAAGUUGAUUACAAUUCGUUCUUCUUUCAGUAGGAGAAUUGCUUAUAGUAUUAAACGCUGAUAACUAUUAAAUCUCGUCAUUCUUUGCUCGUGGAAGUUUGAUUAGAAUUAUUGCUUUUUUUUUUCUUUUGUUUAUUAUAAAUAUAUGCUUAAAUUACUAAAAUUGAAAUGAUUUUCAACAUAUAUUGGGACAUACGUACGAUCGUCGCAAAAUCUAUCGGAUUUUAGGCACUUAUAUAAGCAUAGGUUUUGGCUAUUGGUCGGCUUUAGAAAUUUAUAGAAAAUUCAAGUGCCAGCGAAAGAUAGGAUUUAACGAUAAACGCUACAUAUUUUUACGCGCCAUAAAGACAAUAAUAUUCUGUCAUUAUUUUGAUAUAUUUGCCAAUCCUAUUGUCUCGUAUCGUGAAAUAAGAAUUUUCACACUUGAAAAUCUUCAGUCGCGUCGAUCGAUAAGUCCUUAAAAUGUCAUCGCGAACGAUCUAUCUCGUCUUAUUGAAUUAAGAAUAUGUAACGUCCAAGCAGUCUCGUUUCCGUCAAUUAAUCUUCAUACAGGGGCACAAUUUUUCUUAGAUUCUCGAUCAUCGAUUUUCUAUAGUUCGAGUUUUAAAAGAUAAGUUAUCGACUAUUCGUCAUCUAGUUUCCUACAUUAACGAUUGAUAGUUUCUGUUUUAUCGAAUGUAGGUAUAUGUGCAAAAAAAAUAUUUAUCGAUUACGUAUUUAAUUGAAAUCAGUAACAUAUCUCUUUCAUUGGCGCACAAUGUAUUUAAAUAUCUACAAAUAUUUUUUAUCGAUCGAGAGAAAGAAUUUCUUCAAAGUAUAGUAUUAUAUAGUAUACUGAUUUCGUAAUUGAUUUUGAUAUUAUUAUCCAUUUAUUUUUUUAAUACCGAUUAAGGAUAGAUCGAAAACCGUGCUUAUUGCUUUCUCAAAGCCAUUGAAGAUUUAUAUCCGGAGCGAUCGAUGAACAUUUUCACGAUUAGCGUUCGAUGACAAAGUAUAAAUCAACUUUAGUAAGACAGAAAAAACAAAGAAGAAAAGUUGCUACUUAUUUAAUUACUACCCGUUUUAAACAAAUCUUAUCUUUAACGCUAGAUAUUAUUUAUCUGAUAGGUCGCUGGCCGAACUAUCCUUUUUCUGAACGCACGCAUGAAUUUGAAAAAAAAAAAGAAACUUUUCAAAUUCUUAUCUUAUCUUUAGGUCGCUCGCUUUUAUUCGUAUAUAACUUACCGUUUUUCGCAUUCUCGCAAAUCCGAUAUUCACGAAUAAUAUCUAUGAUGUGAUUAUUGUAAUCAUUUUUCAGAAAUAUCCACGUCUAAUGUAUUUUUUUUUUUUUAAUUUCUAUUUAAAACGUCUCUUUUGCAUGCACGUGUAUUUCAUAGCACACGUUAGAUAUAUAUAUAUUUUUUUUAUUAUCAUUUUUACUUUGGACGCGUAAUUAACGUGAACACGAAAAAGAAAAUAAAUAUAUCUAUAACUAUAUUAAUAAUAAUCGUUACACCGUAGGGCACUGUCAUGUAUACUGCUUGUAUUAAAGCAAUUAACACAAUAAUAACCAGAAUUUGUUACACUUGGUAA